UUGAUCGGUUGCGCCGCCUGCUAAACUGCAGUCCCCGGCAGCGCGCAAGCUUUCCGCGCCUGGUUUAGCGGUAGCGGUGAUUACUCCUGGAUUAAAGAAAAACCAGUUCCCGCAGGACUGGAGCUAAGCCGUUAUUGUGGAAGUUUGGUGAAAGUUUACCGCUGAAGCAGUCGGCAGCUGACGGCGCAGAAGACUUUGCAGGCUGGUGUCAUGGAGUAUAAAAGCGGAGUGGAGCCAGGCGUCAGGCCUGCGGAUAACUAACGUUAGCUAGCCGAGCUAACGUUAGCUGACGUGAACCCGUCUAUCCUUGUUUGGGUCGCUGUGCUAACUAGCUAGGUGCUAUUUUUGUUAGCAUAACAGAGGGUUCCCUGCUUGUUUAGAUCCGGAUAUAUUGAACGAACCCACCGGGGUCCACUACAAUAAUACGUUUCCUGAACUUUUGUCGGAGUUUUAAGUUAACCUUCUGAGCUAACGGUGUACAGUUAGGAAGCUGUCGAGCUAAGUCUUUGUUACAAAGUUGAUCUUUUGAUUUUGAUAGAGGGAUGAUUUGUGUGUUAAAUUAAUAAUUUUUGUAGGUUGAUGAUAAAAUAUAAGUUAGACGUAACGUUAGUCCAGACCGCACAGUCGUUCUGCCCCCCUACGGGACUACAGUUAAAAUCUUUUUCUCUCCUUCACACCCCGACCCACCGACCACUGUCUCCUGUCGUCGGCCGGCUUCGGUGGCUGGCCACACAGCACUGAGUGCCCAAUGGAGGAACAUGACAACAUGGACUAUUUUUACCAGCAGGUAUUGCAAAAAGACGUUACCCGCAGGUUGCAGGUCGGCCAGGACCUAAUUGACUACCUAAACGACCCACAACGGUCCCCGGACGUGGAGCAGGACAAACCCCGGCUGGAUAAGACCGUGGACGAGCUAACGGGAUGGGUGAACUCCAGCAAUUUCAAGGUGGCGUUGUUGGGGAUUGACAUCUGUGGUGCGUUUGUGGACCGCUUGGGAGAGCGAUUCAGAGGAUACCUGGGCACAGUUUUGCCAGCUUUGGUGGACAGGCUGGGCGAUGGAAAGGACCAGGUCAGGGAGAACAGCCAAGCUCUCAUCCUUCGCUGUAUGGAGCAGACUGCCUCGCCCAUGUAUGUUUGGGAAAGGCUACUUCCUGGUUUUAAGCACAAGAACUUCCGCAGUCGAGAAGGAGUCUGCCUCUGUCUCAGUGCCACGCUCAGCAUGUAUGGGGCCCAGCCACUGAGCCUCAGUAAACUAGUUCCUCAUCUCUGCACUCUGACUGGAGACCAGAACCCACAGGUACGUGAGGCCUCCAUUAACACAUUGGUGGAUGUUUAUCGUCACGUCGGAGAGAGGGUCAGAGCAGACCUGGGAAAGAGAGGACUGCCUGCUGCACGGUUACAGACGUUAUUUGCUCGUUUUGAUGAAGCCUUGAAUUCAGGCAACAUGGCUCUCAGCCCGAGUCACGAUCGUAGUUUUGAGGAUGAUGACAGUGUGGAUGGGAAUCGUUCUUCCUCAGCCCAGGCUGCCUUCAAGGUCCCAAAAGUUCCCAAGAAGGCUGCAGAGUCCUCCGCCGCACGCAGGCCUAGCGCUACCGGUAGCAAGCUAGUAUCCAAGGAAAGUGCCGGGGGGAUUGAUGAAGAGGACUUCAUUAAAGCCUUUACAGAUGUCCCUACUGUCCAGAUCUACUCGGCGAGGGAUCUUGAGGACAACCUGAAUAAGAUCCGUGAGAUCUGCUCUGAUGACAAACACGACUGGGACCAGAGAGCCAACGCUCUAAAGAAGAUACGCUCAUUGUUGGUGGCGGGCGCAGCCACCUACGACUGUUUCUACCAGCACCUACGGUUACUGGAUGGAGCCUUCAAACUAUCAGCUAAAGACCUGCGCUCCCAAGUUGUCCGAGAGGCCUGCAUCACUGUGGCCUACCUCUCAUCAGUGCUGGGGAAUAAAUUUGACCAUGGAGCGGAGGCCAUCGUUCCCGUCCUGUUCAACCUCAUCCCCAACUGUGCCAAAGUCAUGGCCACCUCCGGUGUUUCAGCCAUCCGCAUCAUCAUACGGCACACCCACGUCCCCAGGCUAAUCCCCCUGAUAACCAGUAACUGCACAUCCAAGUCUGUGGCUGUUAGGAGGCGCUGUUACGAUUUCUUGGACCAUCUACUACAGGAAUGGCAAACCCACUCUCUUGAGAGGCACACAGCUGUUCUGGUUGAGAGCAUCAAGAAGGGAAUUCGAGAUGCAGACUCAGAGGCCCGAGUGGAGGCUCGCAAGGCCUACUGGGGUCUGAGGAACCACUUCCCAGGGGAGGCCGAUGCUCUCUACAACUCCUUGGAGCCGUCGUACCAGAAGACCCUUCAGUCCUUCCUGAAGAGCUCUGGCAGCGUAGCCUCACUUCCCCAGAGUGACCGUUCCUCGUCCUCCUCUCAAGAGAGCCUCAAUCGUCCUCUGACUUCUAAAUGGUCAGCAGCUCCAGGGCGAGUCCCUGCGGGUUCAAAGGGUGGGCAGUCGUCGGUCUCCCUGCAGCGUUCCCGUAGUGACGUGGAUGUAAACGCAGCAGCAGUCGCUAAGCACCGCAACGUCGGACAGGCCAGGGCAUCAGGGCGUCUGCCCCCUGGCUCCUACUCUUCACUGGAUGAUGCCUCUGAUAAAACGGAUGGCCGUGUACGUACCAAGCAGCCCUUGUCAGCUGCCAGCAACAUGUCCAGCCAGGUGGAUUCACGAGGACGCAGCCGCACCAAGAUGGUCUCCCAGUCGCAACGUUCCGACGAAUCCGAUUGCACACCAGGAUCUCAGUCUGCUAACCCUGUUGGUGCUGGCAGUCGGAGCGGCUCCCCGGGUCGUGUACUGACGAGUACGGCCCUGAGCACCAUGAGCUCAGGGGCCCACAGGGUGCUGGCUGGGGAUGGACACAGACGCAGCCGCAUCCCCCGCAGCCAGGGCUGCUCCAGAGACUCCUCCCCCACCCGCCUGUCUGUUGCUCCUUCCAGCAUUAGUUCCAUCUACAACGGAGCGAGCCGAGGAGCUCGGGGCAGUCGUAUCCCUCGGCCCAGUAUGAGUCAGGGCUGCAGCAGAGAGGCCAGCAGGGAGAGCAGCCGGGACACCAGCCCUGUACGCUCCUUCACGCCCCUUGCAACGCGGAGCUACUCUCGCUCCACCGGAGCUCUCCACACACCUGAUACUUUUGGGGCAGCAGGAUCAGGUUUUGGCAUCAGUCAGUCCAGUCGUCUCUCUUCCUCAGUCAGUGCCAUGAGGGUCCUCAACACGGGCUCCGACGUAGAAGAGGCUCUCGCAGAUGCACUGCUGUUGGGAGACAUGCGGUCCAAGAAGAAGCCAGCACGGCGGCGGUACGAGAACUACAGCAUGUACUCCGAUGAUGACGCUAAUAGUGAUGCAUCAAGCGCCUGUUCGGAGAGAUCCUACAGCUCCAGGAACGGAGGAGCCAUCCCCACGUACAUGAGACAGACAGAAGACGUAGCCGAGGUGCUGAACCGCUGUGCCAGUGCCAAUUGGUCAGAGAGGAAGGAGGGGCUGCUGGGCCUUCAGGCGCUGCUCAAGAACCAACGCACCCUCAGUCGGGUGGAGUUGAAGAGGCUGUGUGAAAUCUUCACCAGGAUGUUUGCUGACCCUCACAGUAAGCGAGACUCCGGCAGGGUGUACGGCACAGCAGAAUCCAGUAUAAGCUCAGCCUCUUUCAAGAGAGUGUUCAGCAUGUUCCUGGAGACACUGGUAGAUUUCAUCCAUGUCCAUAAGGAGGAUCUGCAGGACUGGUUGUUCGUCCUGCUCACACAGCUGUUGAAGAAGAUGGGAGCUGACCUGCUGGGCUCCGUACAGGCCAAAGUUCAGAGAGCCCUGGAUGUCACACGAGAGUCUUUCCCCAACGACCUCCAGUUUACUAUUCUCAUGCGAUUCACUGUGGACCAGACACAGACACCCAACCUCAAGGUGAAGGUGGCCAUUCUGAAGUAUAUUGAGACUCUGGCGAUACAGAUGGAAGCUCCAGACUUCGUGAACUCCAGUGAGACUCGGCUGGCCGUCUCCCGCAUCAUCACCUGGACAACUGAACCCAAGAGCUCUGACGUCAGAAAAGCAGCCCAGUCUGUGCUAAUCUCGUUGUUCCAGCUCAACACUCCAGAGUUCACCAUGCUGCUGGCAGCUCUGCCCAAAACCUUUCAGGACGGAGCCACCAAGCUGCUUCAAAACCAUCUGAAGAACACUGGCAAUGUUGCACAGGCACCAAUGGGCAGCCCUCUUACGCGCCACACCCCUAGAUCUCCAGCCAGCUGGUCCAGCCCGGUCACUUCCCCCACCAACACCUCCCAGAAUACCCCCUCACCAAGUGCAUUUGACUACGACACAGAGAACAUGAACUCGGAGGACAUCUACAGUUCACUGAAAGGUGUCACCGAGGCGAUCCAGAACUUCAGCGUCCGCAGCCAAGAGGACAUGAAUGAACCCGUCCAACGGCGGGAGGGCGAAGAGGGUGACAGCGGGACAGACAUCCGAAUGUCAGACUCAGUGGAAGGAGGCCGCAUGGCUCUGGAUAACAAGACCUCCCUCCUCAACACCCCCUUGCUCUCAUCCAGUCCACGAGGGGCCCGCGAGCACUUCUCGGACUCUCCUUUCAAACAGUCGCAAAGACACCACAUGGACGACUCAGAGUGUCUCACUGAUGAUAGCAGCUUGGACCAAUCAGAGUUGGUGGCCGAGCUGCUGAAAGAGUUGUCCAAUCACAAUGAGCGCAUUGAGGAGAGGAAAGCAGCGCUGCACAAACUGCUGAAGCUGAUUCGCGAAAACACCCUGCAGGUGUGGGACGAACAUUUCAAGACCAUUCUGCUGCUCCUGCUCGAAACGAUGGGCGACAGAGAGCAUGUGAUCCGGACGCUGGCUCUGCGGGUGCUGAGGGAGAUUCUCAGCAAGCAGCCCUGGAGGUUCAAAAACUACGCAGAGCUCACCAUCAUGAAGGCCUUGGAGGCUCACAAAGACCACCACAAGGAGGUGGUACGAGCAGCAGAGGAGACUGCAGCCAUGUUGGCGUUGUCCAUUAGUCCAGACCAGUGUGUCAAGGUCUUGUGUCCCAUCAUCCAGUCAGCUGACUACCCCAUCAACCUGGCUGCCAUCAAGAUGCAGACCAAAGUGGUGGAGAGGGUUCCCCGCGAGGGCCUGAUGAGCCUGCUGCCUGAGAUAGUGCCAGGACUCAUACAGGGUUACGACAACUCUGAGAGCAGUGUGAGGAAAGCCUGUGUGUUCUGCUUGGUGGCCAUUUACGCAGUGAUCGGAGAAGACCUCAAACCGCACCUCAGCCAACUCUCCAGCAGCAAGCUGAAGCUGUUGAAUCUGUACAUCAAGCGUGCCCAGUCCGGCUCCAGCGGCAGCGAACCCCCGUCUGACGGCCUAUAGGAGACGUAGCGCCCUCCCACACGUCAACCUCAGAACUCUGCCCACCAAAACCAUCCGUUCAUGAGCUCUCGCCCACACAGACCGAGAACAAAACACACAUCCUUAACACCCUUUCACAGCAGCAAACUGCUUACAUCCACACGUACGCUUGCACUCACACACAGGUACACACCGUGCUUCUACAUUUCCUGUUCCACUACAAGAUGGGAGUUGUGGUGAAGAAGAGUGUUCUCCUGACCAUCGCUGAGGAUCCACUGAUCUCAGACUGAACUGAACUCUUAACUUUGGAUUAAACAAACAAACACAUUCAGUCACAUAGUCCACCCAGGUUUGACACUAACCACUCAAGGAUGAAGAAAUGUCCGUCCUCUUCACCUCCUCUACAUCCGAACACAACAGUAUCCCCUCUGAAUAACAUCUUGAUGUUGACAGGAAGUGGUGCAACUGCAUGGUUCUCUUUUUUUUUUUUUUUUUUCUUUUUGGGUGGGGGGGUAAGGUUCAUAGAACAGGGCUGAGACGAACGAAUGGUGCCGCCAUGUGUCUUCAAAAGCGAGUGACCAGGGCCAGGUAGAAAGGAAUGUAAAUUUACAUUGUGUCAUAGUUUGGAUUUAUUUUACAAUGAGAUUUUACUGCAGCGGUUUUUAAUGUCUGGAGUAUUCUUUCUCUUUCACACACACACAAACACACACUUUCUCUCUCUCUCAAAAAGGUGCUGAUUAGCCUAAAAGGUACGACGACCAACCAAGCACUAACACAAGCCGCAGUGGGUCGUGCCUGCUCAUAGCAAACACAGUACAUAGGCAGAUUCCAAAGUAUAGGAGGUUAUUGUGAGCUUGGCUAUGCAUGACUAAAUUUUAAAAAUUACUUUUUAUUGGGGUCCUAUUGACAGUCAGAAUAGUGAGACUGUGGUUUUAAAUUAAUGUGAACAAUGUCCAUCCCUUUCAGAAAAACCUAUGGUGUCCUCCAUUUGUCUCAUCUUGGAUCAGUCCGCUUCUGGGCAACAUGGGGAGGAAGAUGGGUGUGUGCUGCUUACUACAUUAGGUAUAACAGGCGUAUUAUCACAUAGGGGAUAUGUAUCUAUAUGAUAUUAAAAUGGAAUAUCCAGUAACAGUGUCAUUUACGAGAGUCCCUGGGGGGGUGCACGAGCGCACCUGUGGCCAUCCUUGUUUUUAUUUUCUCUUUCUCUCUGUUGCCCGUGCCCUAGUCUCUCUCUCUCGUUCUCUCGCUCCCUCACACUUAUGUUUUCUCUGCUGAGAAAUUUGUAGAAAUGUAUUAUUUACAGCUAUGAAAAAACAACUGUCAAGUGACCCUCUUCUACUCUUCAUCGUGUCUUUCUUUCCUUCCUCUUAUUGUAACAUUCUAGUUUUCACUGUUGUGUUCCCUCUGUGCAUUUACAAAGCUGUGCUUACAAUAAAAUAAAGAACUUGUACAGAUCAUGA